CUAGUAUGUUUUCUCUUUCUCACUCUCAAACCACACACACACACACACACACACAAUCAAUUCCUAAUGUAAUGUAAUGUAAAGAUGUAAGAUGUAAUUAUUAAUAAAAAAGGGGGGAUAUAUUCAGAAGUCUGUAUGUUUAAUGUGUUUUAAAGACAUAUUGCAAAAGGGGGGCCUCAGUCAAAUGUUAAUGCCAUUUGGGGGGCCUUGCCCUGGAAAAGUUUGGGAACCUCUGCACUAGCUGGCCUGUAGACUCCAUUUACGGUGAUUUGGUAUUCACGCAGAUUUCUUACGUGCCUACGUCACGGCGCGUACCGUGUGCGUGCAACGUCAUUACGCCAGAAGAGAAGUGCCAACAUGGCGUUUACCUUGUACUCCCUGAUUCAAGCGGCGAUUUUAUUUACGAAUGCCAUUGCUGUGUUGCACGAAGAAAGGUUUCUUAGUAAAAUCGGUUGGGGGGCGGAUCAAGGCAUCGGCGGCUUCGGAGACGAACCAGGAAUAAAAGCUCAACUUCUAAACCUUAUCCGAUCUGUCCGGACAGUCAUGAGAGUGCCUUUGAUAAUAGUAAAUGCAGUGUGCAUUGUGUUGUUAUUGCUGUUUGGAUGAACACUGACUCGGUAUGGAUCGUGGACUAACCGGCGAAAGAAAAUGGACUCUUUUUUUUUUUUUUUUUUUUUGUACAUGCAAUGUAAUUGUCUCACUGUUGUAUCCUGAUCAUACAGGAUUCAAGCGGCUAUUCCAAAGUUUUAUAUGUCUGGAUCUCGAUAAAUCCCUCUGUUUUGUUUGUCUGUAUAAUGUUGCUCAGUAGAGCUUUCAAGAGAGAGCUCAUGUCACUCUUAGUCCUGUUUACACGAUUCGUUCUUAAUAUCGAAGCUCUCUUUAACUGGUGAUGUCCCCGUCACUCCUGCAGCCAUAUCGUUAACGACAAACCUUUAGGGGCCCAUCUGUGUAGAGCUUAUUUAUGUCAUGUCAACAUUUCAGACUUUUUAAAAUCAGACACUCUUGACAUUGAGAGUGAAAGAAACGGUUAAGGGAGCAAGUCGUGUUGCGUGUUCUGUAAUUAUAGUCUGAUCUUGUCGAGGGAAAAAAAAAAAAAAAGGCUUCUGUGGUAACCUGCUCUCGGUCAGUUUCAUACAAAAUUCUGUGGACUGUUGUGGUUUGUUGCACCAGUAAUCACCAACCUCUGUGAGCCAGUCAAUGUUUUUAAUAAAAGAGCGUCUUUUCAUGUUUGA